AUGCCCGACGAGCAGCAGCACCUCCAGCUGCCUGCCUCUGCCCAGAGCGAUCAUACGCAAGAUGAUCCCGAGGGGCUGAGGCUUCUAUCCCGCUCUCCUCACCCUUACCAUCGACAGAACUACGAACUUCUCCAUCCCUCCGACCAUCUCGUUGCGGCGCGCGCUGGCACGACUGCCACGAAUCUAUUUCAGGAUGUUCGAGGCGAGCUCCGGGGCCCAAGUGCUUCUUUCACCAAGGAGUCCACACCCACUAGUGAUAGUGGCACCGAAGCGGACGACGAGCACUUCUUGAAGGGGCUCCCAGCUCCGAAGACGCGCUUGCAUAAGGGCUUGCGUGGCAGAAAUGAGCUGCUCUCGGGCUCGUCGUCGCCGUUGCUAGCACCUGUCGCUCUCGGAGGCGAUGGCGACCGACGUUUGAAGGAUCAGAAGCGCGAUGCAGCCGAGAAGGCCAAAUACCAGAGUCUGGAGAAGGCGCGUCGGAGGAAAGAGAUCAUCCGCCGUUGCUCUGAAUGCUUAAUACUUGCCCUUCUCGGCGUUCUGCUCUAUACCAAUGCGCACGCCAGACCUCUGAUCAAGUCCCUCAGGACAGGCUUCACCACACAUCUGGCAAUUGUUUCCGGACUGUUGCUGUUAUACCCCCUCCGGGUUGCCCUGUGGGCUUACACGCACAGGAAACCGUCAUCAUGGCUACCUAUCACAAUUCCGUCUUCCUUCGAACCAGCACCGCUAUUAUACCCAGUGGUGAUACCUCUUUUCGUUUCCCUUCUAGUUGCGACGACUAGAACCACAGUGGUUCUACUUAAUCUGGCUCUGAGCAUUUCUGCCAUGCCGAAGGCACUUGUGCCACUUGCACAACAUACAGACAAAUACAACAACAUCCAAUGGGCACUGUCAUGCUUCCCAUAUAUCCGCCAAUUGAGCGAGGAAAAGAACGGCGCGAUGAAUUUCAGCGCCGACGAAUCCCUGAAUCUCGAAACCAUUGCCUUCAUCUAUCCCUUACAUCAGACCCUUUGUGCGGUCCUCCAACAUCUCACAACUACUAGCCUCCUUCCGGCGGAGCUGCAACUUCUAUCCAUUGCGCUGAUAAACAUCCUGUUUCUUGCUCGAUCUCCCCAGGCAGUCAUACUGAAAGGACUGCUCUGGCUAGGCGGCCUGGGUGUGUUGGUCCUUUGCGGGCCGACCAUUCGAUGGGGUAUUACUCUGGCAAGGGUACCAAAAUGGCGUUUCAGGCGCCAAGAUGAGCCGUCUAAGCACCGCUCUUUGGCGAAACAGAUCAUUCAUAUCCUAUCGAUGAAGAGGUUCAAGCAUGAGCUGUUAGGGGCUGCUUUGGACGAGCCAUCAUCAGACUCUGCCAACUCUUCCGAUGACGAAGUCUACGCGCGUUCGUCCAUUGACAGCAGCCCAAGUAAAGGCAUACGUCAUGCAGCGACUUUUGCAGAUGGCAUCGCUGACCCGUCGGCCCCAUCUCCAGCUCGUCGAACAAAUAGCGUUAAAUUCCCCCCUCUAGAAGAUCUUGCUGGACCAAUCUCGUCACGAAGGUCUACCCUGCCCGAUCUGGCAAAGGACACUUUUCGUUCACACAGACAUACGCCCUCGGGACGACGCAAGAGAUCUGCGUCCUCCAGUCUACGGGCCUUCUUCUUCCUCACACCACGGGAUGCUUUGAUUCGAAAGUGGCUCUACGCUGCUUGGGUCUAUAUCUGCAUCGCCGGCAUCAUCCUGCUCGGUAUUCGACAGUACGUGGGCGUCUAUGCGCUUCAAGGGAAUGAACCUAUCGGCUGGGCACUUGGGUAUCUUUUUGGAGACCUGCCCUGGUUCCGAUUCCAGGUUGUCCAGGCGAAUCUCGAGAGAUGGGUCUGCCUCCCUGAACGCGGCGUCGAAGAGGUUUGCAGCCUCGGAUGGGUGGAGCAUCUGAGACAGACAACUCUAGGCGAAGCGAACACUCGACUUGUCUUGAGUGCGUACUGGUUCGGGAUCCUGAUCCUGGGCCUUGCUGUCGUGUUCAAGCUCUCCCCCGUAUACGAGGUCGACACACGCCGCAAGGUCUUCCACUUUAUGAUGGUGGCCAUGUUCCUGCCUGCGACCUUUGUCGACCCCACAUACGCCGCUCUCGCCCUGUCUCUGAUACUGGCCAUCUUCCUCCUCCUGGACCUCCUUCGCGCCAGCCAGCUCCCGCCCCUCUCCAAGCCUAUCGCCUCUUUCCUCACGCCUUAUGUCGACGGUCGAGACCUCCGCGGUCCGGUGGUCAUCUCCCACAUCUUUCUCCUGAUCGGGUGCGCUAUCCCCUUGUGGCUCUCGUUGGGAUCCCUGUCCCGCACCGGCACGGGUACCUUGGCUGGCUGGGGCGUCCCGACUCGCGACGUCAGCAUGGUAUCUGGCGUCAUCUGCGUCGGCCUCGGUGACGCGGCCGCCUCGCUGAUAGGUCGACGAUGGGGCCACCGCAAGUGGCUCUGGGGAGGCGGCAAGAGCAUCGAGGGCAGCGUCGCCUUCGCCGUGGCCGUCUUUCUCGGCCUCGCUGCUGCGGCCACUUGGUUGCGCGUCGGCGGCUGGCCUGUCACCGACGAGCACAUUGCGAUCCCCUCCGCGGCCCCUUCUGCCCUCUCUCACGUCGCGCAGUGGGACUGGACGAGGACGGUGCGCAAUGCGGGCGUGUGCGCCUCGGUGGCCAGUCUUACGGAGGCGGUGCUCACAGGCGGCAAUGACAACGUCGUGGUGCCCGUGAUGUUGUGGACGUGCGUGAAGAGCCUGGGGCUAUAA